CACUACAUCAUCAUCUUCGACUCACCCACAUGCUUCUCCAUCGACUCUCAACUUGUCUCGCAUUGCUCGCCCUAGCAGGCGGCGACACUCUGCAUUUGUAUGAGGAGACCGUAUUGGACGGCGGAUGGACCGUCUACCCAAUCAGCUCCGUCAUAGUCGAGAACGCAACGAUCGCACUGCGCUGCGAGCGCAACGACGUGUACGUGCCCAUUUAUGGCAUGAAGGGCUUCCACGAGACGAAUUUUGCAGUCGCCAUCGACAAAUUCGAGGACGAUCCGCAGGUGGAGGUCGAAAUGGCGACGGAUAUUUUGAAGAUUGGAAAAUUUGGAAGGAAGUAUGAAGGCGAAUGGAAUUGUUUUACGAUGGGGAGAGAUGAUCAGGGACGACAGGUAUCACUGCGUGGGCCCACUCGCUUGUUGGAGCUUGCUGUUGCUCCUACAAUCACUAAGUUUGUUAUUCCUAAUGCCAAUGAGUCGGGCUCUGUGACUAUUGAGUGUGCAUCUGUUGACGCUAAGCCUGUUCCUACCUACAUGCUUAUUAAACAGAAGGAAACAGGAAAGACAUUAAAGAGAGUGACUGGUAAAAGACUGAUCAGCUACACCAUUAGCAACGUCGCCAAAACUGAUGCUGGACUAUAUGAGUGUGUCGGUAGUAACAAAGCAGGAGUUGGAAGCAAGACUGAGCAGUUUACAGUACAAUAUACUCCAGUCACUACCAUCCGUGAAGACGAAGUAAACACUAUUGACGAAACAGACAACAUUGUUUUCAAUUGUAAUUCGGAAGGAGUUCCUGAUCCACAAAUGCGAUGGCUGAAGAAUGGAAGAGAGGUAAAAUCUGAUGACAUCAGCGACAGCAUAUUGACAAUCACAAAUGCUAAGAAGAGUGACACAGGCACGUACACUUGUGAAGGAAGGAAUAUCGUGGGAGUUCAUUAUGCUACAGUAAUGCUGGAAGUAAGAGUUCCACCUGAUGCACCUACCGAUCUUAUCGCUAAGAACAAAACAAACGUUUCCAUUAAUUUGUCAUGGACACCAGGAUUUGACAACUUUAGUCCAAUUCAUGGAUACAAAGUGACCUAUAGAGUGAGUGGAUCCAAUCAUUGGAAGACCGCCAGAAACUUUAGUGGUGGAACCGCAGAAGAACAACUGGUCAGUGGGUUAGAGCCGUUAACCAGCUAUGAGUUUAGAGUGAGAGCAAGGAAUUAUAUCGGAAAAGGAAAACACAGUGAGAUUGGAACUUUGACAACACAUCCUAACGCUCCUUCUGUCGGUCCAACUAAUCUUGUCGAAACCGACACUCAAGAUCAGACAGUGGAACUGUCGUGGACACUUGCAGAUGGCAGUCUGCUGCCCGACAAUGAAGGGAACAUAUCACACUACGAAAUAGCGUACAAUGUAUAUGGCCGAAACGAAACGAAGUCACAGUUUACAAAGGGAGUUGUUUCUUCAUGGAAGUUGAUUGGUUUAUCAAAGGGAACGACAUUUGUAGUGAAAGUGUAUGCACGAAAUUCUGGACCAUAUCGAUCAGCCCCAUCUAACGAGCAGACCUUAACAACUAACAUGACAGUACCAGGCAAAGUGUUUAAUAUUGAAGUAUCGGCCAUUACGGAGUCCAGUCUUAUUGUCAGUUGGGAAGCACCAACAGACAUGGGUGGAGUUGAUACUGUUUGGUACAAAGUCGAGUAUCGCACUGGAUUAGAAAUCUUCAAAGUUUUCGCAAAGAAUCUAACAGCAACAAUGGCAUUUAUUAGCAAUCUGAAGCCAAAUUCGUUGUAUACGAUUCAAGUCACUGCAGUCAACGUCGUAGGGAUUGGUAUAUCUGAUGACGUGAUGGAUAGCACAGUUGCUGCAGCUCCUGAUGUGCCAGAAUUUACGCGGCAAAAUAUUGGACCAGCAACUGAGUUUACUAUCUCGCUUUACUUGGAAACAAACAACUUUGAUGUGACUCAUUUUGUUGUUGCUUACGUUCGUGUGGGUGACAUUUAUGAGCCAAGAUGGAAACUUCGCAAUGCUGAAGAAAUAGCAAACUGGGAGAAGAAGACUGUUAAGAUCAGUGAAUUGGAAAGAGGCAAAGUGGUGAUAGACGAGCUGCAAGGGUCAAGUGUGUAUGCUUUGGCAUUAAAGGUGGAAACGAGCGACAUGUCUAGUGACUGGAGUCCUGUCAUUCAAGCUGAAACCCAAGAAUUGCAAGCAUUGGAGGUGACUAUUGUCAACAAUUUUCCCACCCCAGGAGCCAGUGUUAUUCUGGAAUGUAACUCUCAAUUUGGUGAUCCAGUUCGAGAUCCAAUAUGGUGGAAAGAGAACGACAAAAUACUUCGAAAAGAUGACCACUACUCUUUCAGUGACAAUAAGCUCUUCAUUCGCAAUAUUAACGAUGAAGAUGAAGGGGUGUACACAUGUGCAAUUAGAGGAUUUAGCAGAAUCUAUGGAACCUCAACGAAUUUGAUCCUGGCAGGAAGUCUACAGGAAAGCAGUAACGACUCUGGUCCUGCAGUUGGUGGAGGCAUUGCUGUGGGAGUUAUAGUGGCUGUGUGCAUCAUUUUUGUCGUGAUAGGGUACUGCAGAAGCAGAAUGAAGAAGAGAGUAGAAAAACUGGAAGUUGAGGAAGACUCGACACAAACAAGCUUUUACAAGCACAGAGAUCUCGCUGUUGGUGUAACAACAAGAUCAAGCUAUUCAGCUGCAGCUAAAGUAGAGGAGCUUACAAAAUCACAGCCACAACAAGGUAAACAAACCUAUCCAGUUGCUGAAGACCCUGUGUGCCAAACAGGCAAACCUCUGCAGACUGAAAAGACUACUUCACCAUCUUCAGCUGUGUCACCUGCAGCUCCCAAAUCUUCUAUAGAAACAAUCAUCUGACAGUAUAAUUAUGACAUGGGGAUACUCAUCGUUGUAGUCUCCUGGAAUCUCUGAAGAACUGUGUGAAUUACGAUUCUUUCAUGAUAGUUGAAUUAAUUAAGUGUAUUGUUAAGUUUGGCAACUGUUAUUGGUUGCAGGGUGGAGAUUUCAUGUGUAGUAUGUAAUCAAUUGGCAAGUUACGUUAUAGGUAAUAUGAUGUGAGCACAGCAACUAG